GGCAGUAUGACUGCAAUGACUGUAUUUUUUCCUUUGGAUACAGCUAGGCUUAGACUUCAGGUUGAUGAGAAGCGGAAGUCAAAGACAACACCAGCAGUCCUUUUGGAAAUAAUCAAAGAAGAAGGCCUGUUGGCACCAUAUCGAGGAUGGUUCCCUGUUAUCUCCAGCCUUUGCUGCUCCAAUUUUGUUUAUUUUUAUACAUUUAAUAGUCUUAAAGCCCUCUGGGUCAAAGGCCAGCAUUCAACCACUGGAAAAGACUUGGUUCUUGGGGUUGUUGCAGGAGUAGUGAAUGUACUCUUGACCACCCCUCUCUGGGUGGUGAACACACGCCUGAAGCUGCAGGGCGCAAAAUUCAGAAAUGAAGACAUUGUACCAACCAAUUACAGAGGCAUAAUAGAUGCCUUUCAUCAGAUAGUACGAGAUGAAGGAGUCUUAGCUCUGUGGAAUGGUACUUUCCCCUCCUUGCUGCUGGUCUUCAAUCCCGCCAUACAGUUUAUGUUUUAUGAAGGCUUUAAACGAAAGCUUCUGAAAAAGCGGGUGCAACUCACAUCUUUGGAUGCUUUUGUCAUUGGUGCAAUAGCCAAAGCAGUUGCCACCACCCUCACUUAUCCUCUGCAGACAGUACAGUCAAUUCUGCGGUUUGGACGUCACAGGUUGAACCCAGAGAACCGAACACUAGGCAGUCUUAGAAAUGUUCUUUACCUUCUUCAGCAGAGAGUGAGGCGCUUUGGAUUAAUGGGACUCUAUAAAGGCCUUGAAGCAAAGCUUCUGCAAACAGUCCUUACUGCUGCUCUUAUGUUUCUGGUGUAUGAGAAACUGACUGCUGCAACCUUCACAGUCAUGGGAUUAAAGCACUCGCGCAGACAUUGAAAAGGAACCUAUGCCAAAGAUACUGGGUCUAGAAAUCACAUUCCAUUCUUGAGACCUGGCUGGGUAACAAAGGGUCCUCACUUUCUCUGCUUCUCUUCUUAGCCACCUUUAUCUCCAGUAUUUGGAGAAAUCUGGAAUAUGCUCUAUAGGACCUGUUGCCACGAAUUCAGGGAGAGCCCAUUCUCUAUUGUUCUGUGUACUCACUGUGUUAAGAAAAAAAACAGAGACCUUAUUUAAGCACUUGACAUGAAAUUUAAACUAUUAUGUGAUUUGGUUGUUUGGUUGCUAUUUUUGGCAAGGAUGAUUAUCUCUCACUACGCUUUCUUCUUUGCCCUCAAAUCGUCCUCAGCUCUUCUUGUAUCUUUACCUUCUGUCAGCAGCUGGUGGGGCUGGUUUUGUGUUAUUUUCCUUGACCUGUCACCUGUGACCUGACCUGUGACCUUGUCACUUCAUAUUUGAUUCAUUAAAAUAAUUCAUAAAGAAUAA